AUGGAGAGAACAGACAGCGAUAUAUUCAGUACGUUGUCUGGGGAAAGUGUCUUGCAGAGGUUGUACAAAAAGACGUCGCUGUACCCCACGAAAAAGAAGCCACCCUCCGCGUUGUCCAAGACAAGUCUUUGCAGCUGCGGGGAUCGUCCAGUAUCCUUGUACUGCAGGACAGACGACACUUUAUUGUGUAAACCAUGUAAGUACAGAAGUCAUAUUCGAUGUCACGUGGAAAGACUUGAGCACGUGGCUAAAAGCAUUCUAGAUUCUAAAGAAUGGGAAACGACACUGAAGAAAUUGACCACUCUCAAACACGUGUUUCAGAAGAUGAAAGACAAUAGACGGUUGAAGAAAUUGCAGCAUCGACAAGAGAAGAAAAGCAUACUGCAGUUAUCAAAGCGAUGGAAUAUGUUGCAAUCAACGAGGCGUGCAUUGAAGAGAGAGGUAGUAUCAGGGAUGGACAAGCAUCAGGGCAAUUUAGAUUCCAUCGAAAAAAUUAUGGCUAGACAGUCAGGAUGGGUCGCAAAACAAAUUGACGAAUAUUUGAAUGAGUUCAGCGAAUACCUCGAUACUGGAAAUGAAAUUGGGGCUUUCAUAGGGCUUCAUAAAGCGAGAAAAGAUCUGGAAACAUUCCACAACGUUCUUAGUGAAGUAACAGAGGACCAGAACACGGACGACGUAUUUGAAGAGUUAAGAACUGUUCUUUCAGGAAUAUAUCAAUGUGAAAAUCCAGGAAACGUAAUGUUAGCUCAUAAUCUGAAACCAAAUAAAUCUGUUUCAUUGCCGGCGUUGCACGAAAAUAGCAAAAACAUUAAUUCAUCAGGAGAACUACAUUCAAGUGCAAGGCAAACACCUCAUAGGCUUUCAAGAUUAUCGUCUGCUAGUCGGCGGUUCAGGCCAGCAUUCCGGCCACAGGCUAUUCGGAUGGCGACAUUUGUAUCCUCUUUACGUAGUGGACGCUCAAGUCGUGGACUAACCAAAACAUCUAUGAGUAUAAAACGAUUAAUUCAAGACCACCGACCGAAAAAAUUCCGUGUUAAUUCAACAACAAGCGAUAUUCAGGAAAAUCACGUGACGGCAAUGUGUUCUUUGCCAGGUGGUGAACUGCUAGCUAUUGACGGUAAAAAUAACAAAGUAAAACUGUUUUCCAAGAGCGAUGUUUUCAUAACGGAACUUGACUUCGGGAGCUCAGUUUGGGAUUUGACAACCAUUUCUAAAUUUGAGGUCCUUGUAACGUGUCCGAGUGAAGGCAAACUGCAACGCGUAAAAGUAACCACAGGAGCACAUGGUUGUGAACUCGCGAAAACUAGUUACAUCUUGACACAAAAAGAAUGCCGUGCGAUAUGUUUCAUUGGUAACAAAGUUUAUGUGUCAUACAGUGGUAUCAAACCUUGUAUCAAAAUUUUAUCAAAAGAUGGAAUAAUGUUCAGGUCAAUAGAGCCUUGCACGGGGAAAAUAACGCUCUUCAAGAACCCGUUGUACAUGCUUGUGACAAAGCUGGGAAAACUGAUUUACGUAUCCGACUUUUCCCUGCAAAGGGUGGUUAAAAUUGAUCAAAAGGGAAAAUUGCAUGGUGUUAUUGAUCUGAGUCCUGGCUGGCCUCUUGGUUUGGGUACGACAAAGGACGAAAUGUUGAUCGUUGCUUCGAGCGGGACUAAUGAUAUCAAAAUCAUUACUCGAGGAAGCUUAAAUACUUCAGUCGAAUCAGAUCUGUUAGAAAGCGAUCCUUGUGCGAUCACUGUUAAAGAAACGAAAGAAGGGAAACAACUCUACAUUGCAUGCACUGGAAGUAGUUUCGUAAAUGUUUUCGCAAUGGUUUAA